CGGGCAAAUGUAACAAUAGAGCAGCAAGUGCUAGCGUCAAGCUAAUUGCUAACUGCUAACAACAUAACCCCCCUUCCCCUGCACCGUUUGGGGCUUAGCUUUUGGGUGUCUGUGGGCUCAACAGGGUAAACAUGCAGAAAUAUGAAAAGCUCGAAAAAAUCGGAGAAGGUACAUAUGGGACCGUUUUCAAGGCUAAAAACAGAGAAACACAUGAAAUCGUGGCUCUAAAAAGAGUCCGUUUGGACGACGAUGACGAGGGCGUGCCAAGCUCUGCCCUGAGAGAAAUAUGUCUGCUCAAGGAGCUCAAACAUAAAAACAUUGUCAGACUACAUGACGUUUUGCACAGUGACAAGAAGUUAACGUUGGUGUUUGAAUAUUGUGACCAGGAUUUGAAGAAAUACUUUGACAGCUGCAAUGGGGAUUUAGACCCUGAAACAGUAAAGUCGUUCAUGUCCCAGCUGUUGAAAGGACUCGCUUUCUGUCACAGUCGGAAUGUUCUUCACAGAGAUCUGAAGCCGCAGAAUCUUCUCAUCAACAGAAACGGGGAGCUGAAGCUGGCUGACUUUGGGUUAGCGCGAGCUUUUGGCAUUCCUGUGAGGUGUUACUCUGCUGAGGUGGUGACAUUGUGGUACCGACCCCCAGAUGUGCUAUUUGGUGCUAAACUCUAUUCUACCUCUAUUGACAUGUGGUCUGCCGGCUGUAUUUUUGCAGAGCUGGCAAACGCUGGAAGGCCUUUAUUUCCUGGUAACGACGUGGAUGACCAGUUAAAAAGAAUCUUCAGGUUGUUGGGAACGCCGACAGAAGAACAGUGGCAUACGAUGACCAAGCUCCCAGAUUACAAGCCAUAUCCUUUGUAUCCGGCUACCACCUCACUGGUCAACGUGGUGCCCAAGCUGAGUAGCACAGGUCGAGAUCUCCUCCAGAACCUUCUGAAAUGUAACCCGGUCCAGAGGAUCUCUGCAGAAGAAGCCUUGCAGCACCCUUACUUUCCAGACUUCUGCCCUCCCUAAAUCCCUGGCAGCCCCUCCCGCUCGGCUACCACAAUCAAUUCUCCCGUCACGCGAGCAGGUCAUCAGAAGCAAGCCAAGCCCUCUCCGCUCAAGUAAAAACAUGUCUCAUUGAGUCCAAAGCUGCUUUUUCCACUGCACGGUACUGACUCGACUCUUCCACGCUGAAGAUGAGCUUAUAAACAAACUAAAACUUCAGAACCGUAAUUACAUUUUAGCGAGCUAGGUAGCACAGCAACAGCUGCUCAUGUUCUAUUUCCUAGUCAUGCUUGUUUGUUGCCAGGCAGCAUUUGUCAUUGUCUCCUGAAACCCAAUUAAAAAUGCUCAUUAGUCUAUUUCCUUGGAAACUUAGGGAAGAGAAAGGACAGUGAGGGUCGGCUAACUCAUUAACAUGACAGAACAAUAUUACAUCGGUGUAUAAUUAUUUAGUGUUUUUACUGUAUUUCCUCAUAUAGUGGUCUGGGGCACUUAUUUACUCACCUGCAGAGAGUAGCGGCAUCUUUUAGUGGUAAAUGUUUGAUAAGAGGGAGGCCUAUAUUUGAACAGAAGCAUUUUUAUAAUAAAAAUAAUUUUUCCCACACACAUACAUUAAAUAUUGUAUAAAGUGUUAUGGCCUCUGUCGCACAAAUGUAUUUUCAUUACAAUGAAUAAUACGAUUUUGAUUUAAUAAUACAUUGUAAAUAUUACAAUACAAGUUAGAAUACUAAUUGGCCAUGAUGCAAAAUUUUGUGUUCAUAUGUCGGCGGGUAAAUCUGAGAGUAUUUUUUCAUAAGAAAUGUGCAACAUUAUCUCAGGUUGUUAAACCGUUUUAAGCAACAGCAAAAUAAGUUAUUGACUUACAGGUGUUUCAUUUUGUGCAGCGCACGGCCGAUUAUGGAAAAAAAUAAAAUAAACAAUUCAUGAUUUCCCCGGCGUCAUGCAAGUGUGCACUGAUUUUAAAGAUGCUAUGAGUGAUAUAGCACUAUAUUGAUGAACAGAUGCCUCAUAAUGCACGACCAAGUCCGCUGUGGGAAGGACCAUAUUCUCCCAUGUGCUUAAGUGAAAACAGCUGUGCGAUUGUGUGGAUUCUCCCUCUCGACCUCAGUCAAAGAUGCGCACUCAGGCUGGAGCAAGCCUUAAAUGUGGGCGUUCCCGUGUCAAAUCUGGCCUUCCGCGUAGUCCCGUGAUGAUUUCAAUACCUUCGUUUUUACGUGGGCAGCACAGUGGUGCAGUGAUUACCACUUGUGCCUCACAGUGAGAAGGUCGGGGGAUGGAUUCUUUCUGUGUUAACUUUGCUCUUUCUCCCCGUGACUGUGUGGGUUCUCUACGGGUCGUCAAAUGGCAUCAAAACUAUGAAUGAACACAUGUGGAGUUAUGUACU